AUGGAGGCAUUUCAUAUGUACUCCAAGGCGCUGCAGAUCCUGGCUCGGUCUUUGCCGCAUAUCAAACAAGAACAGACGACAGAAGAACCUAGGCUAAUGACAUCUGCGCUUCUCGCAGCAUUUGAGGUACUAGGUCCAGAGAGCUACAAAGAAGGCAUUGCUCACCAGCUAUUUGCAGACGGUCGCCUACAUCUGAUUUACCCUGAAAUUCAUAACCGUAAACGGUCGGCUUUUGACACCCCAGGGUGGAAGUCCAUACCAUGGUCCACGGUACCAAAGACUCCGAAGGACGAGUUGGUGGACAUACUUCUGGAGAUUCCUGGUCUCCUGGAAGACCUUGAGCGAGAAGCUGCUGAUGCCACGCAGCAGGAGUCAUUGCAUAAGCAGCUGCAGGAAAGAUGCCGAAUUUGCCGCGAAGAUCUACGCAACUGGUGCAAUUCUCUCGGCGAUGCUAGUGUCAGCUUCGCCGAAGAGUUGAUAUCGAUCCCUGCAACCCAGGAUUCCUCUCUGUCCCCAGAAGACUUUGCCAUGGCUCAUUUGGGCAUGAUCUACUGGGCGACUUGCAGCCUCCUGUACCAAAUCAUGGCCGACGACACUACGGCUUGGCUGUACUGCCGUAAAGUCUUGCUCAUGGUUCCCUUCUUUCAGAGGCCUGAUAUGGGGGCCAUCUUCAUCAACUUUGUGGGGUUUCCGGAUAUUUACGGACCCAAAUCACGGCAGCCAGCUACGGGCAUUCUUUGA